CUGACUGGUCGUCGGUCCUUUUAGACAGCGAAGUUUUGUUUUGGGAAAUGGAGUAUGCUGAACGCACGUCCAGUCGUUUGCAAACAGGCGGGGAUUUUGCUGGAGUGUUGUGCUCAUAAAUGGAACCGCUGUCAUCAAAUCGGGCGUCCCAAACGGAGACCACAAUUCUGCCUUACCGUUCUGAAUGAGACUCCCGGUGAUCAGGCGUGGACUCUGUUCACUUCUGCACGGACCCUGUCAGACCGCCUGGCACUCUGAUUUUAUGUCAGAUCCUCUUUAACUCCGCGCACCGCAUGAUCCAAAACGAAAUCGGAAACCGGCCCUGCCCGGUGCCGUUCCGCAGCGGUUAAUAACGGCUGCAGUGACUGAUGUGAGCGAAGGUGGACGCUGGGGAAAUUCACUGACAGUUUCCAUGGAAACCCGGCCUAGGAGACAGGAAGCGCGAAGGCGGCGCGCCCGCUGUCCCACACCCUGAGGCUCGUUAACCUGUCAAGACCUGUAAAUGGCCUCCUCUACAUUGUGGAAACCAAACGGACGCUGGGAGACUGCUUUGUGGAACACCUAUGCUCGAAAUCAAAGAAAUGGAGAAACUUGAGGAACCACUCUUCAUUUUAGAAAAUGGGGAUGUAUACACAAACCCAACAGAAGUGAAAAUGAGUCAGCUUAUCCUGCCGUGUCAUGCCAACCACCGUGGAGAACUGAGCGCAGGACAACUGCUGAAGUGGAUGGACACAACAGCGUGCCUUUCUGCGGAAAGGCAUGCAAACUGCCCCUGUGUUACUGCCUCAGUGGAUGAUAUUGAUUUUGAGCAUACACUCAGCAUUGGGCAAGUGGUAAACAUCAAAGCAAAAGUGAAUCGUGCCUUUAACACAAGCUUGGAGGUUGGAAUUGCUGUCAUUUGUGAAGAUCCCUUAAGUGGAACACAAUGGAAAGUGUGUAAAGCGUUUGCUACGUUUGUGGCUAAGGGAUCAGGACUUUGGAAGGUGCAGUUAAAGCCUGUAAUUCCCAGAACUUCUGAAGAACAGAUGGAAUACAGCAUCGCUGCUGAGCGGCGCCGGAUGAGGCUACACCACCUGGAAACCAUCAAAGAUCUGGUCUCCACCUGCACAAUUCGAGAUGAACAAAAUUUUGAAGAAUCCCAGAGUGCUGUACCAGCAGGGACAACACGAGUUGAGAGCAUCGAACUUGUCUUGCCACCUCAUGCAAACCACCAGAGUAACACUUUUGGAGGACAAAUCAUGGCUUGGAUGGAAAGUGUUGCCACAAUCUCCGCAAGCCGCUUUUGCAAAGGGCAUCCAGUGCUGAAGAGCAUUGACAUGUUCCACUUCAGAGGACCCUCACAAGUUGGAGAUCGCAUAAAUUUAAAGGCAAUAGUUAACAACGCAUUUAAAACAAGCUUUGAAGUUGGUGUCUGUGCAGAAGCCUAUCAUCAGGAAGACUGGGAACGGAAAACACACAUCAACAGUGCCUUUCUGACCUUUGUUAUGCUGGACAAAGAUGGAGAGCUCAGCACAUUGCCCUGCAUUAAGCCAGAACCAGGGGAUGGAGAAAGAAGAUACCGUGAAGCAAGAGCAAGGAAGAAAAUACGACUUGACAGAAAAUACAUCAUUUCACGUAAGCAAACUGAAGUACCACUAUCUGUGCCCUGGGACCCCAGCAAUCAGGUUUACCUCAGCUACAAUAACAUUUCUGCACUGAAAAUGUUGGCUGCAAAGCAAAACUGGGUUCUGAACUGCACACACAACAAGGCCAAACUGUUCACUCUGGAGGAAGGUCAGUUUCUGUCCUUCAAAGCAGAAAUGUCUGUUUCUGUAAACGUCAAGCAAGUUUUCAUGCUCCUGUCUGAUAUGAGCCGUCGACAUGAAUGGGAUACCCACUAUCAGAAAUUUGAGUUGAUACAAAAGGUGGAUGAAGAUGAUGUCAUCUAUCACGUUAUCUCCCCUUCUGUCGACAAGGAGAGUCAAUUUCAAGACUUUGUUUUACUGGCGUCUCGUAGAGUACCUUGUGCUGAUGGCGAUCCGUAUCUGAUAGCGCUCCGCUCAGUCAGACUCGCUGCGGCCCCACCAAUUGAGGGUCUUGUUCGAAGUGAAGUAUUGUGUGCAGGCUUUACACUUUGGGAAGAAGAAGUCACUCGCACCAGGAUUACCUACUACAUUCAGGCGACUCCUGGUGUUCUCCCGUACAUCACCCGUGACAUUACCGGACUCUCUGCUGACCUCUGUAAAGUCUUUGAGGCUUGUAAUAAAUUUCUCGAACAAAAUAAGAAUGUGGACUAUGUAGUUUUGUAAUAUUUGUGCGAUGUAGGGCUGGAUACCUGUUCCUGUACAGUUUGCAUCACAUAAUAAUCCAGGGGAUUGGUGCAAGAGGAACUAGGUCAUGGGAUAAAUGAGAUGUUGGUUCAGUUUUGAUCAACUGGAACUCCAAGUGUAUGAUGAUUAAGCUUGUUGAGCUUUUACAGUGCAUAACUUUUGUAUAUUUUUGUAGUAAUGGCAUUGUUCUUGGUUAAUUAAGAUUGUACACAAAUGGAACUCCAUUAUGUAAUAGUGUGUAGUUCUUGGAAAUUACUGUUAUCUGAUUUAGAGAAGGGAUCACUGCAAUAAUUUGUAAAUUUGAGUAAAGUUUUUGUACAGAAUACUAACUGCCUCUUGCAUACAACAAUUUAUUACAGAUGGCCCAAUUUAAUUUGUUUUAUUGUAAUUUUCAGAAGAAUGAACUUUAAAGAUGAAAAAAUGAGGAAUUUAAGAAUAACUGUCAUUGAUAAAAGACAAUAAUAUUUUUAAUUGAUCAUUUUACUGGUCACUGAGCCUACCAAAUAUUUUCGAUGCUCUUUGGAUGUGUAUAGUGAGAUUUUUUUUCCCCUAUUCUUUACAAACUGCCAACAAAUUUAUUCAAUCAAGUCAUGUUCUCUGUAAAGUUAAAUUUGAUGAUUUUUUUUAGUUUCUGAGUUGAGUGUGUGGAUUCAGAAAGUUACUUUACCAUUAAGUCACAAUCAAUUAUCCUUACAACUGGAACCAGUGCUCGUUAAUGCUACAAUUUAUUACUGAAACACAGAUCAAAAUUAAUUUAAUCCGAUGGGAGAAUCAAAGUUACCGACAGUAAACUUAUUGCAUUGAUUACCACAAAGUAUUUCCACGGUGAUUGUGGAAACCAAAUUUCCUGUGAAUUAAUUCUGUCAUUUGAAACACUAAAUAAAAACACACUG